ACAGGGUUUCAUUUUUUUUGAAUAGUUUAUGUUGAGGACACACGGUCAGUACGUUGAAAGCUACAUGGAUAGAAGAAGAAGACAUCUGGUGAAUGAAAGCUCUGGGAGAGAAGCUAAAGCCACUAUCAUAGCAACGAUCCAACGGCUGACAAAUGACGGGAGUGCUGUGAAAGGCUUAUCUUCUCUUUUCUGCCUUGACUCUAUAUACAAGCUUUACAGAUAGAUAUAUACUACUAUAAUAGUCUACGCAUAAAAAGGAGGGACCAGCCCGCCAUUAAUGCAAUUCUUCCCACCUUCCUCAAAAACUUGCAACCAAUCAUCAUGUUCAUUGUUCACUCUCUACUUGCCUAGUUCCCAUUAUUACUAUCCAAGAAAAAUAUUCAAGCUUUCACUCCAACUUCGACAAUCCGCUUCCUCCGAAAGCCCUUCUUGCUUUAAUCUGCUUCUGUGUUGGGUUGGGUUGGUUUACACAGAAAAAGGACUUGAUCUGAUGGGGAUUUGCUUAAGUGCCAGAAUUAAUGAGAGUCCAAGCAACACAGGGCUGAGUUCGAAGUAUGUUAGCAGUGAUGGGAAAGAUACGAGUAGUACAAGCAGCAAAGCUUCAUCAUUUUCAGCACCUUUGACUCCCCGGAGUGAGGGUGAGAUCUUACAGUCCCCCAAUUUGAAGUGUUUCAGUUUCGCCGAUCUCAAAAUGGCCACUAGGAAUUUUCGUCCUGACAGUGUGCUCGGGGAAGGCGGUUUUGGCUCGGUGUUUAAGGCUUGGAUCGAUGAGAAUUCAUUAGCUGCUGCCAAGCCUGGAACUGGGACGGUUAUUGCUGUGAAAAGGCUUAACCAGGAAGGGUUCCAAGGUCAUAGGGAGUGGUUGGCAGAGGUGAAUUAUCUGGGACAGCUUUAUCAUCCUCAUAUUGUGAAAUUAAUUGGAUAUUGCUUAGAGGAUGAACACCGUCUUUUGGUGUAUGAAUUCAUGCCUCGUGGCAGCUUGGAGAAUCAUUUAUUCAGAAGAGGUACGUAUUUCCAGCCUCUUUCAUGGAGCCUUCGGGUGAAGGUUGCUCUUGGUGCAGCAAAGGGGCUAGCCUUUCUUCACAGUGCUGAAACGAAAGUGAUCUAUCGAGACUUCAAGACUUCCAACGUCUUGCUUGAUUCGAACUACAAUGCAAAGCUUUCUGAUUUCGGGCUGGCCAAAGAUGGGCCAACAGGUGAUAAGAGCCAUGUUUCUACCAGGGUCAUGGGGACCUAUGGAUAUGCUGCUCCUGAGUAUUUAGCCACAGGUCAUUUGACUGCUAGGAGUGAUGUCUAUAGUUUUGGAGUUGUGCUGCUGGAGAUGUUAUCUGGGCGUAGAGCAGUUGACAAGAAUCGACCGUCCGGAGAACACAACCUGGUGGAAUGGGCCAAACCAUACCUGGCCAACAAAUGCAAAAUAUUCCGUGUCCUAGAUAACCGUCUUGAAGGCCAAUAUUCAAUGGAAGCAGCCUUCAAGGCCGCAACCCUUGCUUUACGAUGCUUGUCUGCUGAAGCCAAAUUCAGACCGAGAAUGAAAGAGGUCGUAACAGCAUUGGAGCAGCUCCAGGAUUCUGGUGAAUGUGGAAGCAAUCCAAACAACAUUAGCAGCAAACCCCGGAUACGCAGGCGAAGUACCGGUGAUACUAGCAAUGGAAGGAGCACUGCUGCAUACCCUCGGCCAUCUGCUUCCCCUCUUUAUGCCUGAUAAUAGCAUAAGUUCGCACCAUGAAAGCUGCUUUCUUUUGAGGUAUAUUCAGGUGGAUCUUCACAGCUCAGCUAUCCAUUUCUUUUGUCAGCCUCCGUGACUGUACAGUAGUCGUUUUAGCUAAUGUAAUGAAAACCAAUCUGACAAAAUCGCAAGUUCUAACCCAUAACAAAGGGAAUGUGUGCAAUGCUGUAGAUCUUUAGAGAUGAUCAAGUGUUGUUUGUAACAAUUAUGAGCCAACUUAGAAAAAGGGUGUGAUUGCUUUUGUAUGACCACAACCAGGUUUAGUGAGUUAUAAUUAUAGUUAUAUAUAUGUAUAUAUCUUUUUUCCGGACGAAUCUGUCAAAUCUCGGUGUAUUGAUGUGUUAAUUGUGGCUCUCUGAGAAUGAUAAAGAGAGCAUUUGAAUAGCAGAGUAUGCAAUGUUUUGACUGGAAA